UGAGAGGUGUGUUCGCAGCAAUUAGUGUUGUUAAAGUCGCUUCGAAACAAUUAAAUAGUAAUUUUUUUAAUUCACUUUUCAAAGCCCUUCAAGUUAAACGAUUUCACCAAAUAUUAUGUUAAUUCAUGUUCGUUGGGUUUUAGCUGUAUUAGUCAGGUUGCCAGCUACUACAAUUUUGAACUAAAUCUGAACAGGGGACCCCAUCCACACAGAUCAGUGGAUGGUAUAGUUGCUAGCUGUCUAACUGGUGCUCUGUUGGGAGGAAGUGAUGCAGGGAAAAUCCACUCAAUGACUAAAGGGGAAACACAAAGAAACUAUAAGCCUUUCGUACUGGUUCAUCCGACUUUUUUUUAGUAGUCAAUUUAAAGUAAAGACAGUCGUCUAGGGCGGUUGUUUGCAAACCAGGUGCGUUCUUAUCAGGCAAAAGCCAACUUAAACGCUCGUUUUUGUUUAUGGUGCUGACUAGCUUCCUACUAGCAUUAGCUUGGCUGGCUAGCAUUUAGCUAAGUGGGGCUGAUUGUGUCGUUGUGUCCUAAGUUCGCUAUUUGUUUUACUGAUGUUAUUGGAGUGAUGUACGUGAUUUUCUCGACAAUCAACUAUUUUUAAGAGCAUUACCGAUGUUAAGGUCACCACGAUGGAGCAGAAAAAGAUGACACCUUCAUCUAGAGUGAUAAAGGCAUUCUGAGGAAGUGUCUGGCCCAAGGGCAUGUUGAGACGUCUCACCAGGCCAGAGCAGAGGCGUCUUGGUGGGGCAGACGGGGCCUGAAGGAGGGGAGGACAGACCGAGAGGACCAGAGAGAGAGACAUGGGCCAGUGCGUCACCAAGUGUAAGAACCCAUCGUCCUCGCUUGGCAGCAAGAGUGGCGACAAGGAGCAGGGGUCCAAGUCCCACCACAAGAAAGGCGGCGGGGGAGGAGGGCACAAAGAGGAGCCUGGCACUGUGUGCAGAAAGACCUCCAGUGAGCACAUGUUCAACGGCACCAAGACCGCCAUGGAGGUUACCGUGGAGACCACGGUGAUCCCUGCGUCAGCCAUGCUGGGGGACCUGAGGAAGGAGGACCGCUUGGUGGCGGAUAGGGAGGGGCCGUCCUUGCUGCGCAUCGAGGAGCUCUUCUGCUGCUACAAGGACCCGCAUGAGGAUGCCAUCUUGGAGGAGGGCAUGGAGGGGUUCUGCAACGACCUGUGCGUGGACCCCGCCGAGUUCCGCGUGCUGGUCCUCGCCUGGAAGUUCCAGGCGGCCACCAUGUGCAAGUUUACAAGGAAGGAGUUUGUGGAUGGAUGCAGGGCGAUCCAGGCGGACAGUCUGGAGGGCAUCUGCUCCCGGUUCUCCUGCAUGCUGCUGGAGGCACAGGGCGAGGAGAGCUUCAAGGACCUGUACCGCUUCACCUUCCAGUUCGGCCUUGAUGCCGAGGAGGGCCAGCGCUCUCUUCAGCGCGACAUCGCCAUUGCUCUGUGGCGCCUGGUCUUCACGCAGGACACGCCGGCUAUCCUUGAGCACUGGCUGGACUUCCUUGGCGAGAACCCGUCGGGCGUGCGGGGCAUCUCGCGGGACACCUGGAACAUGUUCCUCAACUUCACACAGGCCAUCGGGCCGGACCUGAGCAACUACAGCGAGGACGAGGCCUGGCCCAGCCUCUUCGACACCUUCGUGGAGUGGGAGAUGGAGCGCAGGAAAAAGGAGGCACAGGAGGAGCAGUUGAAGAGGGCAGAGGAGGAGGAGAGGGGAUGCACUGAGACCGAGGGCUCUCCCUCCAGCACAGACGGACUUGAAACAGAGAGCGGAUGGGGCUCACAGACCUGGGUGGGCCACUGACUAUGGAAUUCUGGGAAGGGAGGAAGGUCAGGGUUGGUGGGUUCUGACCUAUAAGUGAACUGUACAUCUGUGAAUCAUUGGAUGACAAAUUAGUAUUAACAUUACCAUUAUUCCUCUCGCUCCUUUUCUGUUGCGGUGGGACAGGGUUUCCUUGCACCCUGCUUUAUUUCUGGUUAUUGAAAGGGCUCUAAGAACUGUAUUGUUUUUAAGCACUUCUAUUUAAGUUAUUUGUUUUAUUUGUCUUUAAUGUGUUUGUUUUUUAAACAAUUUGGACAUGUGGUCCAUUUUAAUCUUUCCCAACUCACAAAGAAAGCUCAGUAUAUAGGGUUGCUUUAAAAACCAGGUGCCAGAAAGCCAUACCAGUUCCCAAGUCUCAUUGACCUGGAAACACUGGUGACUGGACCUCUCACCCAAAGACGUAGGCUUAUUAAAUCCUCAUAUUGCAUUAAGAAGAAGGGAAAUUGGGACAAUCUAUUUGUCCUCAAAUAACUCCUUAUUACCAGAGACUGAGCUUUAUCUUUAUGGGGUCAGUGAAAUCAACUUGAUUGAAAUUGUUUUAUUUUGGAACAACAUUUGAGUGUGGAUGAAUUGGCUUUCAUUUUUGACAUGUGGACUAUAUAAAGGGUUAUAUUCUUGGCUUAUCUAUUGCCUGUAGUUGUGAUGGCCAACCAAGAUUUGUUCAAGACGUGGUCGUACUCGAGUAUGCAUAAUGUCCUAAAGUAAAAAUUGAAGUGAAGCGACGGUGAAAAUACCUUGUUACUAUUUUUCUUCUAUUUAUCUAAAUUAAACAUUUGUUGAAGCUAUAUUCCUAUAAGUCCUUCUAAAUAUCAAGUUGAUUUCUUUGAAAAUAAUCACACCCUUUUUUUCCUCUCUCUUCUGCAGUGUAAUUUAUGAAAAGGUUGUUGAGUGCUUUAGACCGUGGUAGUGUCUUUAGCUUAUUCUAAUUACCAGGGCUUGGUUCCAUUUUGGUCCAUAGCCCCUGUCCCUUUAGUGUUCACAGAUUCCAAAGGACUGAACACAUGUAAGCAAUAUGGUAUUGGCCACCAAGCCGUUCAAUGGACUGUGGACUUCUACCUGAAGUUAUAGCUUGCACAUAUGUAGUUAAUUCAGAUCUGUGAACAGGACAGAAGGUGACUGUACCUGGGCUACAUUCAGGGCUGUUGUGUUAGGUCAUUACAAAGCUUUUGUCCUUCCAUGGAGGGCAGAGUAUCUACGGGUUUUCGCUACUCUCUUGUACUUGAUUGAAUCAAGGUCCCAAAUUAGUAAAGAACAACCCUCACCUGGUUGUCUGGUUUUUCCUUUCAAUUAAGACCUAAAAACCCACAUACACUAGGCCCUCCAUGGAAUGGGUUUGACACCCUUGCUUUAGGGACUCUGUAGUUAGUUAGAAUAAGCUAAGACCUUACCAAGUUUGCAACAAUCUUACAACAUUGGACAGCUAUUCACUCUAAUCUUGUGGGCAUGUCAAGAAUGUGUGUCGGCUGCUAGUGACUGUUGUGUUAAGUGCACAAAACACAAUGGCCCUCCUAGUCACCAUGCUUGUAAUGCUCUCAUUCAUGCCUGCAGCUUCUAGACCAUUCACAACUGUUGAAUUAUAAUGAAACAGAGCCCAGGCCUUUUGGUGACAGUGGAUCAUUGUUAACCAGGUGCAUGGCUCAUUGAGUGUCUGCAACUGAGUCCAGUGUGGUCAGGGGGUGCCCUUGUGAGGUUUAUGUUUUCCUUUGCCCUUUUUAUAUAAGAUGCAUUGAUUUAUAAUGAAUAAAACCAUGUUCCAACUUUUGACAGUGGACCACGAAAUACA